AAGGUGAAAAAGAUUAAAAGCUACCCACCAGCAACUAAGUGGAAUUUUAGGUGGUAGCCCAAGGUCUAAAGGUUAGCUCUACAGCUCCUUACCCCCCUGCAGGGGGAGUGGAGGAACGGAAGAAGGAUCUUCACUGAGUGGAGGAUUCUAUGUGACUGUAUUUGAUGUUCUUAGCACUCUGUCGUCAGAAUCAGAGUGGCCCCCUCCCCAACAAGCAGACUCCAGCACCUGGUGGGGGUAUAAGAAAAGAGGCGGGGUGGAGGGGGGAGAAGUAGAAAGAGAAAGAUAAAAACAUCAACAGCCAUCUUGCCAAACUAACAAGUAAAUCUAUGACAUGAAAGAAGGAAAUUCACUGCACUAACCAAGAUGGAAAGGAAUAAACAAAAGAUUACCUCCAAACAAAAUAGGCCUCACGCUCACCAAAUAACCCACAGCAACCAUUCGAAAAGAAAUUUAACUAUGACUGUUAUUUUUCAAAAUUAGAGGUUGUCAUUCUAAAAUAAAUGUUCAAUCUCCACGGCUGGAAUCCAGAGUGUUUUAUUCCAAAUGACUAUCUUAAAGGAAUCUGACAAUGAAUUCUUUAUAAGAAACAGGGGAGAGAGAGAAAAAAAAAAAAAGACGUUUAAACUGCCCAAUAGUGUGUGAAAUAAGUAAAUAAAUGUACAUAGUAUUUAAAUUUUCACGGUUGCAGCUAAUAAUUAAGAAGGUUGGUAAAUACAAAAAACAUUAAGCCCACACACAAAAAGAGUAUCUUCCAUAUUAGGCUGCCUCGUAUACUUUCCAUACAGAUUUAGAAUUAAACCAACUCCCCCAAAGAUGUGAAGACAAUGUAUGCAAUUAAUGGGAAAAUCAACAGCACGCUAACAGAAUUUACACUGAAGUCACAUUCAACACAUACAGUGAGCUUAUAAUAACCUCACUCCUAGAAUACAAUUAACGCCCCCUCUCUAUUCACACCUACAAGUGGGAUGAAAUACGGGGAUUACAAACCAGCAAUCCGAGAUAAGGACACCUUAGUAACGCACAUCUGAACUUAUUAUUUCCUAACUAAUUUGGGGUAUUUUUUAAGGGAGGGGUGGGGAGGCAAAUUUUUGGAACACGGCCAAAUGCUUUUUAAAAAAAUCGAUUUUUUUAAAUCGCAAAUAAGACAAGCGAUUAUUUGUUGCCCCAUUCUGAUUCCCAGGCCUGUCACAGGAAAAAGAGCAAUGACUGUCACACUCUCUAAAAUUUCACACGCAAGGAGGAAACCGUGGAAUUUAAGGCACACUCAGGGCAGACCAGCGGCACAGCCGCCUCCCGCGGUCACACCACAGGAAUGUGUCCGAUGGAAGCGGGCGCAGGAGGCAUCGCCACCCGCGGGGGGACAGAGUAGGCCAAAUUUGAAGUCCUUCCCAGGGAGUGGCCCUGUUCAUCUUAUUCUCCGGCCAAAGUAGGAAUAGCGCGAGGAGAGAGACACACUCAGCAGCCAAAGGACUCGGUGGAAAGAGCGGAGGAAAAGUACACAAUAUGCUGCUCUUGGGACCCAAGGUACUUCUGUGUGUCACUGCGCUCCUCAUCCCCUCUGACUGGACACCACUAGGAGUCAGUGGUCAACGAGGAGAUGAUGUGACUCCAGAAGCAUUCACAGAAGAUCCUAAUCUGGUGAACGAGCCCUCUACGGACGAAACAGUUCUGGCCGAUAUCGAGCCUUCCACAGAUGACCUGGCUCCAGCCAAUGAUAAAAAUACCACAGCAGAUUGCCGGGAUGAAAAAUUUGCUUGCACAAGACUCUACUCUGUGCACCGGCCAGUCAAGCAAUGCAUUCACCAGUUAUGUUUCACUAGCUUGCGACGUAUGUACAUCAUCAACAAUGAGAUCUGCUCUCGUCUGGUCUGUAAAGAACAUGAAGUAAUGAAAGAUGAACUUUGCCGUCAGAUGGCUGGUUUGCCCCCAAGGCGACUCCGUCGCUCCAACUACUUCCGACUUCCUCCCUGUGAAAAUGUGAAUGUGCAAAGGCCCAGCGGUCUGUGAUGGUCAAGAGGCAGGAAGCACAUGUGGGUGGGAGGAAGAGAAUGCUCUAACAAGAGGGAGCUCCUUCUUCCAACCGUUGCUAGCUAACCCAUAGAUAUUAGCAUUUCUUAAACCAAUCCCUUUGCAGUCUCUAGCUUUGGACCCCACUCCCAGAUUUAUUACCCCGACUGAUAAAGUCUAUAUUAUUGCAUGGUUUUGCCGCUUCUCAAUAUCAUAGAUGCAGUAGAUCAAUGAUAACCAUGUGGCUUAUAUACAAACAUUCUACACACAAUUUCAAAGGAAAAUAAACUUCUGGUUAAUAUUUGUGAUUGAAUCUGUCUGAAUGAGA